GCUAUCGAUAUAUACAACAGCUGGCUGGAUGUAAACAACGGUAUUCGCGCAGGCGCAGGCUUAAAAGAGAGCGGAAGAGCGAGCCGAGAGAGAGUUUUUGGGGUAGGAAGGACGAAAAAUCGAUGAAGGACUAUCAGCAGGAAGCUCUAAGGAGCCGAUUGACUUUGGGCCGUAAAAUGAUUACGGGCUAAAAGCUAAAAAACACGUCGCGCAAGAGCGAGCGAGGGCGAGUAAGAGAGCAAGAGAGAAAGAGACAGGGAACAAGGAGCAACAGCAACAGCAAGCGAAAACUUUCGAAAAAAAUCCCUGCUAAAAAUAUAACAAAUAUUAAAUUAAAAAGGAAACGAAAAAAUCUAUAAAACAAUAAUAAAACAAGGAAAACUGCUGGGCCAUAAUUAUAAACAAUCCAUCGCCCUGUGUGCGUGUGUGUGUGUGUGCCAUAACUCCUAUAAAUUUCAAGCAUACAGGAAAAAAAAGAAAACGGAAUAGCAGAAAAAGGAAAGGAAAGCCGAGUGAAAAAUCGUGGAGUAGCGGGUGGAAAACGCUGGAAAAAUGGCAUUAAAAAAGGCUAAAUGACCCCUAGAAGCUAAAUACAAAUUCUUUUAGCCAUCAAAUUGAUUCACACACACACACACGCGCACAUAGGAGAGCUGGGAAAACACCACCCCAUUUUUAUUGAAGGAGCAAUAGCAGCAACAGAAGCAGAAGGAGUAGUAGGAGCACCACCAGAACCACCAGCAGCAUAACCAGAACAACCACCACCCUCCAAGACCCGCCUCUCGACUAGCAGCCGGCACCCACGCCCCUGCACAUAGCGUUUAAAAAUAGCCACAGCUCUGGAAAUCAAAUAUCCCUGGAGCGCCGUUCGAGAAAAUGGUAACGAUGAAUUCGGAGGCGGACAAAACACAAGCCACCAAUGCCAGCAGCACCGCAGCGCCGGCGAAGACGGACUGCAGCAGCAGCAACAGCAGCAGCGAUCCGCUGGCGGUGGCUAUACCGGAGCCGCACUCUACCGCCGCCGAUGGUGGAGGUGCCACUCCAUCACCAACGCCGCUGCCUAAUGGCAGUUUCCCGGAAAUCGAAGGAUCAUCAACACUGGCCACAGCAGAAUCAACAGUAGCAGCUGUAACACCUGCUGGCCCAGCAGCAACUGUGGCUUCCUCGCCAGCAACCACAGCACCCACAUCCACAACAUCGGGAGUCAAGACAGCUGCCGCCACAACCACGUCCUCCUCCUCCGCCACUUCAUCAUCAACGGCGGCGGCCGGCAGCAAGCAGAGCGGCAGUAGUGGCGGUCUGCUAACUGUCAGUGGAAAUCAUCAUCACCAUCACCACGCCCACUCGCAACAGUCGGCAGGUCAGUUGGCCGCCCAGCCGCCACAACCACCCACUGCCUCUGCAUUGGCGGUUCCAUCGGCGUCGCAUCAUCAGCGCGGCGGUAAAAACGAAGAUGCACCCAAUAUAUUAGUGUACAAAAAGAUGGAGGCCAUUAUCGAGAAGAUGCAGGCGGAGUCGACGGGCGUGGCCGUGCGCACGGUGAAGGCGUUCAUGAGCAAGGUGCCAUCGGUGUUCACUGGAGCGGACUUGGUGGCCUGGAUUCUGAAGAACUUCGACGUGGAGGACGUGACGGAAGCCCUCCACUUUGCCCACCUGCUCAGCUCACAUGGCUACAUUUUUCCCAUCGACGAUCAUGCGUUGACCGUUAAGAACGACGGCACCUUCUAUAGAUUUCAGACACCCUACUUUUGGCCCUCAAAUUGCUGGGAACCCGAGAAUACGGACUAUGCCGUCUACCUUUGCAAACGCACCAUGCAGAACAAAACGCGACUCGAAUUGGCCGACUACGAGGCCGAGAAUCUAGCAAAACUGCAGAAAAUGUUCUCCAGGAAGUGGGAGUUUAUAUUUAUGCAGGCUGAAUCACAGAGCAAGGUGGCCAAGAAGCGGGACAAGCUGGAGCGGAAGGUUCUGGACUCGCAGGAGCGGGCCUUUUGGGAUGUCCAUCGGCCAAUGCCGGGCUGCGUGAACACCACUGAGAUUGACAUAAAGAAGGCGUAUAGAAGGGGUGGAUCGAGCCAUGGAACCGGAUCUGCCGGAGCCUCCUUGGCCAAGAAUCCCGUCGAGCAGCUGACCCGAAUCAUUGCCCUGCGCAAACAGAAGCUCGAGCGGCGCACAAUCAAAGUGUCAAAGGCGGCCGAGGCUCUGGUUGCAUACUAUGAUCAGUACAAUGAGUUCGAUUACUUUAUAACCUCGCCGGAGCUACCGAAUCCUUGGCAAACGGACAGCACCGAAAUGUGGGAUACGGAGAAAAAUAGCAAAGAAGUUCCUGUGCGGCGCGUGAAGCGCUGGGCAUUCAGUUUGAGGGAGUUGCUCAACGAUGCCAUCGGACGCGAACAGUUCACCAAGUUCUUGGAGAAGGAGUACAGUGGCGAGAAUCUCAAAUUCUGGGAAUCGGUGCAGGAGAUGAAGGCUUUGCCGCAGUCCGAGAUCAAGGAGGCCAUCCAGAAGAUCUGGCAGGAGUUCCUAGCACCCGACGCCCCCUGCCCAGUGAACGUGGACUCGAAGUCGGUGGAGCUGGCACGCGAGGCGGUCAACUCACCGAGUGGCCCGAAUCGAUGGUGUUUCGAUGUGGCCGCCUCGCAUGUUUAUCACCUGAUGAAGAGCGAUUCCUACUCCCGUUAUCUGCGAUCCGAUAUGUACAAGGAUUACCUGAACUGCUCGCGCAAGAAGAUCAAGUCCAUACCGAAUUUGUUCGGGGUGAAACGUUGAGAUACGCUGCGGGGAUUCCCCGUCAUCGCAGUCGGCUAGGAUCCGUAAGUCUCUACAAGAUCCUUAGGCAAGGGGAAUUACCAUAUAUAGGAGUAUAUAUAUGUAUAUAUAUAUAUAUACUAGGUACUCUACUCGGUACUCAUUUACCUAGUUUGUAUGUACUUUAACGUUGUUAAUCAUUUAAUUGUCUGCCACUGUAUCGCGUGUUCUCUCGAGAUUUUGAAGUGUUUUUAUUGCCAUUUUUUUUUUUAGAUAUAUUUGAAUGUUUGUUGAUUGAUUAUGAGUUACCUCAAAGUGCCCCUUUAGCCCCCCACAAACUUCCAUAAUAGCAUCCAUCUCACUCUCUAGCUAUCUCACUCUUAAUCAGAUGAAAGAAAAACACCACUUAAGAUGAAAAUAAGAAACUGCCAAAGGCUUGUAUAAGAACAAAACAAAAUCGAUCACUGGAGGUUUUGCCCGAAUCGUCGGAUAUUUUAAAACAAUUACUUGAUGACGUAUGAAAGUAGAAUUGGUUUUAUAUCAAAUGGGAACUAUGUAAUUCCCCCACCGAACAGAAUCUCUAAAACUUUGCUAGCAAUAUUUUCAAUUUGUUAUUCCAUUAUUUCAGAUAGCAAAACAUUUCAGAAUGUAACAAGUGUUAUUAACCUGCUUUUGGGCGCCCUCAAUAGUUGUUUUAAGAUCUCCAGCGAUUAUCUGUUGAACCAUCCGGAAUGUAUUUAUUUAAAUAACUUAAAACGAAAAGUUAAAGACGAAAGACAACACCAACAACCGCCGAGACCUUAUUCUCAUACUCAUAAUAUACAAGCAAAUACGAAUUACUAAUUAUUAACCGAAAAGCAAAACGAUCGUAAUCGAAAACACCAAGAAAAAAACUAAAGAGAAAAACCACUAGUAAAUGUCAAACUGUAACCGAAAAACACCAAAAAUACGCAAGUGCAGUAACUCUCCGAUCUUAAGAGGUACAUAUAUAUUCAAAAUAAGAGAAUUAGCUUAAAGAAAAUAGGAAAUCAAGGCGGAAAUCUUACGUAAAUUUAAAAUUAUGAAAAAGAAACCCAAACAAGCCAGGCAACUUUUGUCAACAUGUGAUGACAUAGCAUUCAGCUUUUCAGCCUGUACAAUUUUAAACAGCUUUUGACACAGUCCCUCAUUCCUCCAAAACAAACAAAAAAACCAUCUGAAAAAUAUGAAAAAUUAUAUUGUUGACUUAAGUUCCUUUAUCACAGUAAUAAGGAAUAUCUUUUCAUAAUUUCUCCUCCCUCUGGCACACAUAAACACACGCACAGUCACCUGCAUACCCAGACACACACUCUCACAUAUCGUUAAGGCGCCAGAAAAGAAAAGCGAAAACUAAGAUUUUAAUCAUAAUAUUUAUUUGCCGCUCACUGUGCGGGUUUUUGUGUGUGAGCUAGAAGGAGAGGGCUAAUAUGUUUUGUUUCUAGUAAAUGUUUAGAAUAAAUUAUGUUAAUAAUAGACAUUAAAUUUAUAGCAGCUAGUGGAAGUGGGCUGGAGAAGAGAGUGCGAGAGCCAAGUUCCGUUGGGCGGAGGGCAUUGAAGUAGGAUAGAUAGGGUCAAAGGUGUGAUAGCUUAUAGGAAGUUAGAACAAACAAACAAAAAAAAAAACAAGUGAGCUUUACAAACAAAUAAAGGGGCUAAAAAAAAACUAGGGAGACUUGAUAGCCCCAACGAACUUGGUUCUCUCAAGGAAAGGAAUCUCUCCCAAACAUUUUCGGAUUGGACAAACGGGGUAAACCUCGAAAAUAUUACUAAUAAACGAGUAUGUAGUUGCGGUCAAAAGAAAAGCAGUGCGGGAAAAGUUAUUAAUAAUGCCGAAAAAAAAAACUUUAAGACAAACGUAUAAUAUUAAAACUCUUAAAAGCAAUCAUCUGUAAGUUCAUGGGUCUUAGAAGUUGUCCUAAAGGCAUUUUAAAAGUCUUGAUUUUUGAUUCUGGUACAAAAUAUAUGAAAAUGGGUUAAAAAUAAUUGCUAUAUUUUAGGUUUCUAGAUCAAACGUAUUUGAUUUUGUUAUUGUUUACUGUAAAUAGAUAUCUCUGCAAGAGGAUAUUUAAACUUUAUUGAUAUUCGAUGUUAAAUGGCCCAAACUACAAUCAUUUUGACCGCAACUUUAGUGGGCGCAACUAUAUAUUUAUGUGAAACAUCAAACUGAUCCUGGGAUCUUUCGGAAUAGCAAUUAGACUUAGCUAAACUAAGGAACUUGGAACUUGAAACUUGGAACUAUAUAUACACACACAUACACACACACACACACACACAUGUAAUUUGCACACACACUCAUGCACUCAUGCUGCCUACUUUUGGGCCUAAAAAAGAAGCAAAGGAUACAGAAAUCAGAGGCGUAUUAAAAGUACUUAAAUUAGGAUCGCAUUGUGUGUGUCUAUCUAAUUGUAAUUGUAAUUGUAAUUGUAAAUGUCUAAAAAUUAACAAGCAAAUAAUAACUAUAACUAUACAAUAUGAAGUAUACAGAAUUCAGAAAAACAAAUCCAAAAGUAAAAGUAAAAAUUAUAAACUACGGUAUAUAGCAUAUAUAUAUCUUGAUGUGCGUCUGUGUGUUGGUAGUGACAAAUUUAAAUCGAUUUCAAAAUAGCCAAAUCUUAAGCCUAGAAGAAGAACUGGGAAAUCCCCUUUGUCUCACACACAUUUCCUUUUUGGCUUUCCACUGUUAUCGUUUGCCAGAUUAUAUAUAUAUUUAUAUAUAUAUAAUGCCAUAUAUGCAUAUAGGAACUGUUGGCUAACUGUUUAACCCCCCUCCCCCUUUUACUGUUCCAACGCCCCCCACCUAAAGACAAAAAAAAACGAUUAAAUGUAGCGGAAACUAUAAAAACUCUAAGAAAAAUCGAUGGAAACUAAACUAGAAGGUUCGAAGGGGAAGAUUUGGAGAAAAACUAAUUAAAUCAAAUAAUCAAAAACAAAUAUUCGAUAUAUGUACGUGUACACAGCAAACAACAGCAAACAACUUUUUAGGUUUAGCCAGCAGCAAAAGUAAAUAAUAAUUACAAAAAAAAAAAACAACAUCAACAAAAACAAUAAUUAUUAAAUAAACAACUACAACAACAACAACUGCAAGCAAGGAAAAUUCAAAAACAAAAAGUGGCCGCGUUUAUUGUAAAUUGUUCAGCAAGAAAAACAAAAAACAAAAACUGAAGUAAAUAAAUAAAAGCGCAAUUUAAGCAACAAAAAACAAAACUAUAAAAUAAAUGAAUUUAAUUGUGACACAAAACUAACUAAAACACAAACUUAAAAACAAAACCAAUGAGUGUCUUUGCUUUGUGAUUUUACUUUCGGGAUUUCUUAUUAACUUUGUUAAUAUCUUUAUUUAUUAUUUAAAUUUAUUUUAUUUUACUUUGGAAAACCUUAAAUCCCCGUGGCCACAUUUGCUGACUUUAUAUUUUCUCUGGAAUUAUUUGUAAGUUGCCUAAGAUGGGGUAAUUUCUCAUAAGCUGAAAUGAAAAUAUGUGGUUCGGUUGAGUAUGGGGGAAAAACCAAUAGACGGAAAUCUGAGUUUCCGUUGGGCUGUGCCAAACCCAAAUCGGUUGGCGAUGACACCACUGCUUACCUUUUGUUUUAAUUUCCAUUGGUUUAAUUUUUUUUUUAUUUAUUUUUUACCAGCGAGGUCUUGGAGAUAAGCCUAAGCAGCAGCUAUUUCCCGUCCCGCAAAGUGACAAUAAAGUUGUUGCUUGCCCGUUAUCAAUUUGUCUCCCGGAAUAUGAAUAUGAAUAUGGCCGAGAUUUAUCCGUUGGACACGACUUAUCUAAUUUGCUUUGGCAGGGCUGUUGGCUGUUGGCUUUUGGCCAAGCCAAGAUACAGAUACAGAUACAGAAUGGUUGCGGAGGUUGGGAUGCAGGCUGAGAUACAGAUACAGAUACAGAAACAUGGGACGUGACUAGCAUUUUGCACAAGCUUUUCCUAGAGGGAUGCCACGGGGAAGAAGUGGGGAGACCGAUCACGUUUUUGCUAUAAAACCUUAAAUGGAACUCUGUGCUUCGGUCUCUCUGGAUAUCUGCGUACCUGGAAAAACGGAGCUGAUCUCGGAGUCAUUGCACUGGCCAUGUGUUCAUCGAACUAUCUACCUAUAAUAAUAACGGUAUCCCCGGCUAUAUGGUAUAUCGUAACCAUAAGAGUGAUGUGUUCAUUUGACGGCUCAUGCGGGGCAUUGAUAAUCCAUUGACCCACAUUUAUUUUAAAUUAAUUCCAGCGAUCCCACGAGUACGCGUACAAUAGAACACAAAACAAAACAAUAUUUGAAUGACGCAACCAGGUUUUAUUGUUCAAUUUUGAGGGAUCAAACAAAAAAUUAGCCUGAUAAGGGAAAAGGUGAGCUACAGUCAAGAUUCUUAGGGCCGAAAUUUAUAAGUUUUCUGAAUGAAAAAUGUUUAUUUUAGACUUUCAAAGACUACUUUUAUUCAAAAAGAUUAAGUUAAAUAUAAUUAGUUCUACUCAUAUGUCUUAAAAGUAACUAUAACGAUGCGUAGAAUGACUUCUUUAUCUUAAAGUUCUUUACAGCUCACAUUUUUUAUCACUCCUUUUUGCGUCUUCAGUAUAAUCAGAAGUAUUUUCAUAUUACAUUUUAUGGUCAUUAGUGCAGUAGCUCUCUCCGUCUAUGUACUUGUAAUCUUGUUCUGAAUCCCAGUCUAUUCCUGAAACUCACCGCUGUGAUUGUAAAUCCUAGAGCCACGAUUAAGGUAAGCCUCAUAAACAUUUCUGCGAGCUAACUAUACUUACUAUGUACUAUCCAAAAAAAGACACAAAUAAAUACCGGUAAGUGCGAAAAUUUCACCACUUGCCGAGCCAAGAAUGUGCGGAUAAAGAUAAAGGAGCAGGAAGAUAAGAGUGCAGAAGACCAAAGACCGCAGACAGAAGAGGUGUCUUCUCUUAUCAUUGUUUUUGUGUGUGCGUGUGCAGAUCGUAAAGCUGGGACAACAACAACAAGCGUUGGCCCAUCGUCGCCUCAAUGUGUCACAUUGGCAAUCAGAUAACGGCAUCGCUUAUCAUCAGGCUACCGAGAAGGAGAGAGAGAAGUUUUAGAAGAAAGAGAUGGAAUCUGAUGUAUUGCGAAGACUGCCUCCUUCGGCUCACGUCACGAUUCACUCAUCGUAUCUGGCCUAGAGUGAGCGAGAGGAAAAGAGAGCUAAGCUAGUUCUACAGAUAUCCCCAAUAGAGAUGUUUACUCAGUCACUGUGAUCACUUGUGUGAUUAACUGUUUAAAUUACGAGCUCAACGAGGUAUGACAUUCUAUAUUCCGAUCAUUCUUGGCAUUGUUGUGAUAAAAAUACUGAUUUUCGAAAGAAAAUCAAGUAUACGCCUUACCGGGUUUUAAUUAUAACUUCGUCAAAAUGAGACCCACAGCUAAAAGGAUGACAGUCUUUCCAUGCAAAAGACCAAAACUAACUUUCCCUAUCAUUAUUUGAUUGAUUUUCGAAAAAUCAUUUUUUUUCAAAAUUUC